CGCACGCGAGCGCCCUGCACUCACCAUAACGCGCGGAGCUCGAGCAGAAGCAGCCCAGACUGAAGAGUCCGGGGAGCCGCGCGCGGGACAACCUCUGUUCCUCGCGCAGGAGCGGGGGGCCUCGCGGAAGCCAUGGAUCACUUAGGGAUACUCGGGGCGCACCUGCAGCAGCAGCAGCAGCAGCACGCGCACGUGGAGCCCAUCAGCUUCGGCAUCGACCAGAUCCUCAGUAACGUGGAGCAGAGCUGCAUGCUGGGCGCGAGGAUGCACGAGCCGGACUACGGGCACCCGGCCUACGGCGGCGGCGGCGGCAUGAUGAACGGGGGCUUCGCGUGCGGGAACGGCGUCUAUAACGGCGCCACCGGGGGCUCGUGCGGGGCCGCUGCCCUCGGCGGAGCUUAUCACAUGAACGUGGGCGUGAACGGGACGAACGUCAACCACGCGGGGGUCAUCCGUGUCCCCGCGCACCGGCCUCUGAGCGGCGGGAGUCCGUGCGGCCCACCGGGGAACGGGGGCGUCAACAGCGUGACCGCGCUCACGUUCCCGUGGAUGGAGAGCAACCGACGGUACACCAAAGACAGGUUCACAGUGUCCCUCUCACCCCUCACUGUGACACGUCGCGUAGGUCACCCCUACCAGAACCGGACGCCCCCGAAGAAGAAGAAGCCCCGGACGUCGUUCACUCGGCUGCAGAUCUGUGAGCUGGAGAAGCGCUUCCACCGGCAGAAGUACCUGGCCUCGGCCGAGAGGGCCGCGCUGGCCAAGGCCCUGAAGAUGACCGACGCUCAGGUCAAGACCUGGUUCCAGAACAGACGCACAAAGUGGAGGCGGCAGACCGCGGAGGAGCGCGAGGCGGAGCGGCAGCAGGCCAACCGGAUCCUCCUGCAGCUGCAGCAGGAGGCCUUCCAGAAGACCAUCAACCAGCCCCUGACCCCGGACCCGCUGUGUCUGCAGAACAGCUCCCUGUACGCGCUGCAGAACCUGCAGCCCUGGAGCGAGAACACCGCCAAGAUCAGCAGCGUGUCCGCCUGCGACUAGAGAGCCGAGACACGGACACGCAGGCAGAGAGACGCGCUGUGGGGACGGCUCCCAGGCGCGCGGGACGGUGCAGGGCGCUCUCUCACAGACAUACAGUAGGUUAUCAGGUCACGUCCCUGCGCCCUCGGGCUUAUUAUCACCCUCCUGUCAGACAGACUCCGCUCAGCCCCUCAGCGCCUCUCCCAUCUAAUGGGGACCACAGCGUGAGGAGGACUCUUCCGUGGGCUGAGUGCUACAGGCCCGUGGACACCAGACUGUGGCUCUGCUGGCAACCACAUGAACUCUGCGCUCCAGAGAGCCGGAGCGGCAGCAGAAGAGCAACACAGGACUCGUUUUAUCAGAUUUCUAUCAGUCCAGACUGAGAGACCAGUGACAUCUGUCCGUUUGACCAUGUCAUGCUUUUAGAUACAGAAACGAGAAUGUUAUUAUUAAAAGAAAAUAAUACUAUCACGGCACUUUGCAGCUGCAUUUCACGAUGUUCUGACCACAGUUAUCACAUUUAUCUGAGAUCAGACCAGUCCCAGAGAAGGACCUAACGCAAACACUUAUUAUAUUAUUGACAAUUAUUUGCCAUUGCGAUGUGUGUGUAUGUAGAGUAUAUAUAUGUGUGUGUGCGUGUUCUUGCAAAGCAGAAAACGUGUCCCCAACGAUGGUUUAGAACCAGUACUGGUCCACAUAAAGACCCCCUACUGCACGCACACAUUUUUGUGAAGACACAAUUCAUUCCCUACGUCGACCUUAAGCAUCACAACUAAGUGCCUGGACGUUACACAACUCACCCUGUUUUAACUUUAACCACAUAACCAAGUCUUAACCCUCACAUCUGAAGUUCUGCAGACUGAUCUAACAUCUGUAUAUUUCUAUACAUAUAUGUGUGUGUGAGUGUAAGAGGUUUUUAUUUUUUUUACAGGUUUUCUGGUCAAUUAUCGGCUGCAGUUAAUGCAGCUACGAAAAGAGGGAUGUAAACCGAUCAGGCAUAACAUUAUGACCACCUUCCUAUUAUUAGUGUGUGGGUCUCCCUUGUGGAGACUCAUCAGAGA